AUGUCCGCACCACCAUCUCCAGACCCGCCAUCACGCCCAUCAGAUACCAGACGAGAGUCAAUCGCCCAACAUGACGCCCAAGACGAUUACCCAAACAUUUCAGACAGCCCCUCAGACGCCUCCGCCCCGCCAGAAGCCUCCCAGCACCACACGCUCAAAUACCACCUCCUCGGCCCCUCCCUCACAAAAGCCGGCCAAGACGCCGUAGACCAGCGCAAGGUCUCGGAAGUGAUAUUCGAGGCCUCGAAAGGCUCCAAAUUCUUCGCCAACGAGUCCGCCAAAGACGCGACCCUCACCGUGAAAAUCAACCGCAUCCUGGCCAAGAAGCGGCAGCUGGAACGGCUAGACCUGUCGCGCGAGCUGCGCAAAGCCGAUGAUGUGGUUAUACAGCUCGAAGCGACGCGCGACCUGUCGCAGACAAUCGUGCACAUCGACUGCGACGCCUUCUACGCCGCCGUCGAGGAGCUGGACCGGCCCGAGCUGCGCGACGUCCCCAUGGCCGUGGGGACGGGCGUGCUGACCACGUGCAACUACCACGCCCGCAAGUUUGGCUGUCGCAGCGCCAUGGCCGGCUUCGUGGCGCUGAAGCUGUGUCCGCAGCUGGUGUGCCUGCCGCUCAACUUCGAGAAGUACACCGCCAAGGCGCGGGAGGUGCGGGCGGUGCUCGAGGGGUACGACCCUAGGUUCGAGAGCUCGUCGAUCGACGAGGCGUAUCUGAACAUCACGGAGUAUUGCCGCGAGCAUGGUAUGCAGCCCGAGGAUGUCGUGAGGCAGCUUAGGGAGGAGGUGCGUGAGAAGUGCGGGAUCACCAUCAGCGCGGGCAUUGCGGCGAAUGCGAAACUGGCCAAGAUUUGCAGCAAUAAGAAUAAGCCGAACGGUCAGUUUAGACUGCCGGCUGAGAGGCAGGUCAUCGUGGAUUUCAUGGCGACGCUGCCGACGAGGAAGGUUAAUGGGGUGGGGCGAGUGUUUGAGCGGGAGUUGGAUGCUAUUGGCAUCAAGACAUGCGGAGAUAUUUACGAGCAGCGGCAGUACUUGGCCCGGCUGUUUGGCGAGAAAGCGUUCCACUUCCUCAUAAAUUGCUACCUUGGCCUCGGCCGCACUGAUGUUCGUCCAGCGGAGGAGCAUGAGAGGAAGUCCGUGGGCACCGAAUCGACCUUCCGCGACACGUCGGGCAAAGCUGAGCUAAGGGAGAAGCUGCGGCAUAUUGCCGAGGAGCUGGAGAAAGAUCUUGAGAGGACGCAAUUCAAGGGUCGCACGCUGGUGCUCAAGAUCAAGCUGCACACGUACGAGGUGUUGAGUAGGCAGUAUGCGCCGCCUUACGCAAUCUACAAGAAGGAAGACUUGUACAGGUAUAGCGAGCCGAUGCUGAGCAAGCUCGAGAAGGAGAUACCCGGUAUGACUCUUCGGCUGAUGGGCCUGCGGGUUACACACAUCGUGAGCAUGAAGAAAGGUGGGACCGAUUUCUUCGGUGCGUUCAAGCGGACAAUGUCUGUCGACGAAGAGCAGAAGACAAAGAGAGAGGUCGACGCCGAUGGCUGGGAGGUCUGGCCGGAGGCCGAGUUCGAGGAGGCAGCAAGGCAGGAACGACAGGACGAAAUGGACGAGAUGGAGGCAUUGAGCCAGGAACAGCAGGGUGGUGAAGCCAGCAAAGCUCCAACCGUCGACAACGGCUUUGCCUGGAGAGAAGCGCUGGGUGUCGAUUCCGAGGCCACAUCCAACAGUGUCAAUCACCGCGGCAAAGUUCCGAACAGCGCCAAACAAAGCGACGAGGACGCGCAGCCCGAGGAAACAUGGGACUGUCCCGUUUGUCUACUGCCGCAGCCCGCCAACGACCAGACCUUCAAUGCGCACAUGGACUUCUGUCUCUCGAAAUCGGCUAUCAGAGACACGGUUAAAGACGUGACACCCACAACUCCGGCUGCCUCGGAGGGCUCGCCGCACGUCCUUGUGCCAUCCAAGGGCCUUGCGCAGCCGAGACCAGCCGUCACUGUGAAGAGGAAAAGAGGCAGGCCAAGAAAUGACGCCGUGGUUGCGGUCGAGCGGCCGGUGAAGGCGAAGAAGCUUUUCUUCUCAUAA